CGGAGCCCAGGCGAGGCGCAUCAGCUCCGAUUUGCAGGCGGCCAAAGCAGCAAGAUGGGCAGCGGCGGAAACAAGAAGGUGGCGGUGGUUCUGGGCGGGCUGGGCUUGGCGGCCGUGGCGGGCCUCCUGCUCCUCUGCCUGCCCGCCAAGGACCUGCGGGAGCCUCCCGCCUUUAAGUAUGGAAUUGUCCUGGAUGCAGGAUCCUCCCACACUGCCAUGUUCGUGUACAAGUGGCCUGCGGACAAGGAGAACGACACCGGGAUCGUCAGUCAACACAGCAUGUGCGAAGUAGAGGGUGGAGGCAUCUCCAGCUACGUUGCAGACCCCUCAGCAGCUGGACGGAGCUUGCAGGCUUGUCUUGACCAGGCCCAAGUUGAUGUUCCGAAGGAGAGGCAUGCAGCCACCCCUCUGUACCUGGGAGCCACGGCCGGCAUGCGACUGCUCAACCUCACUAACCCUGAGGCUUCGGACAGGGUCCUUGCAGCUGUGAGCUCCACUAUGAAACAGUACCCCUUUGACUUCCGUGGAGCGAGGAUCCUGAGCGGAGAGGAUGAGGGUGUGUUUGGCUGGGUCACAGCUAACUAUCUCCUGGAGAACUUCAUCAAGUAUGGAUGGAUUGGACAGUGGGUCCAUCCCAAGAAGAAGACCCUGGGCGCCAUGGACCUGGGGGGAGCUUCCACCCAAAUCACCUUUGAGACACCAGAGGAUAUCGAGAGCCGCCCUGCCAACGAGGUGAUGCUGCGGCUGUACGGGCAGACUUACAAGGUCUACACACACAGUUUCCUCUGCUAUGGCAGGGACCAGAUCCUGAAGAGGCUUCUGUCCAAGGUGCUGAAGGCCGAAAGGUAUGUUCUCCAGGUGAGCAACCCCUGCUGGCCCAUAGGAUACUGGAAGAACUUCACAGUGGGAAGCAUCUAUGACUCGCCAUGCACUGAAGCGGAGAAGCCGACCAGCUAUUUCCCCACCGCAAUAGUCAACAUGAGCGGCUCUGGAAAUGCAGCCAAGUGCCACCAGCACGUGGAGAGCCUCUUCCACUUCACUGCGUGCCCCUAUUCCCACUGCUCCUUUGACCAAAUCUUCCAGCCAAGUGUCACAGGAAACUUUAUCGCCUUCUCUGCCUUUUUCUACACUGUGGACUUCAUCCAGUCGCAAAUGAAGAGACGGGUGGCCGUGCCAAGCGACCUUGAGCAGGCUGCUAAUGAAAUAUGCAGCGCAACUUGGUCUGAGCUUCUUGAGAAAGCACCAGGCCUAGAGAAGAGGCUUCCAGAUUACUGUUCCGCGACCACCUUCAUCAACCUCAUUCUCAUGCGGGGCUACAAAUUUGACAACAGCACCUUCCCCAACAUCGCCUUCCAGAAAAAGGCUGGGGACACAUCCAUCGGCUGGGCCCUGGGAUACAUGCUGAACCUCACCAACAUGAUCCCGGCCGAGGAGACCGGCUUCUGGAAGGGCACAGCGUACGGCCCCUGGGUUGCCCUGGUCCUCCUCUUCGUUGCCAUCAUCCUGGUCACUCUGGCCAGCAUCUUCUGCCUGCUGAGAUCCUCCAAGGGACGGGGAGUGAUGUAAGGGCAGCCCUGAGCAGGUGGGAGCCCAUAAACGGUGGGGUUUAUGUGAAGAUGGCGGGUCUCCCUGGGCCACAUCCAGUGUCCAGCCUGACCUCACGGCUUGUUGGCUUGGAUCCCCCUGUGGAGAUCAGAACCCAUUCCUCACGUGCCCCCUCCCCACCAAAACCACAACUACAGCCUAGAGGGAGAGGAGAUGGAGACUGAUGCUGGAUAGAAGAACAGUUUACCUGAGGCUUGUGACAAAGCCCUUGUUUGGAUCCAAGAGUGCUGCAGCCUGAACAAUCGGCUUCCCUCGUUUUCUUCCAUUGUUGAAGAGCCAGUGAAAAAAAUCACAACUUCUGGAAGAGGAGUGGUUGUGGUUGUUCUUGUUUUCUCUUAAUGUGGACUCCAGCUGAAAGCAAGGUUUUUCUGGACUUUCACCCACUCCUCUGCUCUGCUUGCGUAUCUGUUACUUAUUGAAGCUCAGGGACCCCCAAGUUAGAUUCAUAUUGAAUCUGCCAUGACUGCUUUGUUCUUGGCAAGGCUCCAGCCCUGGGAAGAAAUGUUGGGUGGGGGGAUUGGGGAAAAAAACCACACCAACUUUUUACAUUACAAAUAGACCAGUGUGCCUGAAAUCUGGCACUGUAGAUAAGCACCAGGUGCGGCACAAAUUGCACCUGUGAUGUGGUCACCUGUGGCUCUGAUUUCUUUGAGCUCCCCCAGGGACACCUUACCAUUGAGCAAAGCAAGGCUGAGAGGCGGCAGAGAGACCUGCGUGCAGCUCAGCGGUAGAGCUCCUGCUUUACAUGCAGAAGGUCCCAGGUC